UAAUAAUUGGUGCCAGGAAAAGCUGUUGAAACAUUGCUUAUCUGAGAAGGCGGCUGACAAACGUUGCUGAAUAAUGAUAUAAUCGGCAUAAGUUUUAUUGAGGGCUGUAUAUAGUAAUAUUGUGGCUGCAUUUAGAAUUGCGCUAAGCAAUUUGUUUGUGGGGCACAAAAUUGAAUUUCAUAGGCAUGGACCUUGAAUGGAUCCUAUGCAUCGUUAUAGAGAAAACUAUCAAAUAAGUCCAUUUACUUUUCAAAAAAAUCAAUUAAACCCCUUAACUAAAAAUUGGCUCAAUCAAACCCUCAAACUCUUCAAGAAAUGGCAAAUAUUCUUUUUGACCGGUAAUGAAUCGAGUUAACCGGCUAGUGGCUAUUUUUUCAUUUUCCCAAUUUCUUUUUCUUUCUUUUCUUUUGCUUUUUGCUUCCUUCCGAUUUCCCUCGUUCGGUCUCUGAGUCUCUCCCAGCUUCUAGCAGACCAGAGAGGGAUAAAUCCUCGUGCGUAACCAACUAAUGGAUGCACCGUCUUGGCUGAGCAGAUGGACGCAUCAUCGUGACUGACCAGCAGGAGUCUUCAUCGUCGAUGAUAUCUCGCUGGCCCAUCCCCGGUGACGUGCUCUCACCUCCAAGCUGUCAAGCAGCGCCUUUGCAUAUGCAAUUCGGAGCCCUAGAAAAUUGUCAGUCGCCAACGAUGUUGGAAUCUCGAAUUGAAUCCGGGUCUCCAAGCUUCACCUAUCGGAAACCCAAGUUAAAUCCAGGGUUAGAAAUUAUUUCAAUUGAUCAUUUGGCUUGCGUUGGGGAAGUUCUGGGCGAAGUUGGGUUGCAGCGUGGUUGGUCAAAACGGGAAGCUGCAGCGUCGGGUUGGGAAUUCAAGCUAGAAGAAACCCAAGUUUCAAUCCAAGGGAAGAAGAAAAUAAAGAGGGAAGAAAGAGGGAAGAAAGAGGGAACGAAAGAAAAAAUGUAAAAAGAAAACAAAGAAAACGAAAAUUAUGGCAGCUAGUAGAGAACUAGGGAAGGAGAAGGAAACGUGUAAGGAAGAAAGUGACAGGAAACAAAGAAAGUUGGAACCGGGGGUGGAAGGAGAAGGGCGAAGAAGAAGGAAAAUAGAGAAAAGAAAAAAAGAAAAAAAAAAGGAAUCUAAUUGAUACCGGCUAAUAUGAUCAUCACCGGAAUUGACAUUUUUAAUGAGUUUGGGGGUUUAAUUGGAAGAAUUUUCAGUUGGGAGAUCUAAUUGAUUUUUUUGAAAAAUAGAAGGGCUUAUUUGAUAAUUUUUCCAUCGUUAUAUUUUUUUGUCCUAUGUAGCCAUUUAGUACUUUUCUAAGUUUAGUGCUUACCAGAAUAGAUAUAUGACAGUAUGACAUAAUUUCGAGCUUUAGUUUAUUUGAAAAGAGAAUUUCAUCUUUCUUUUAAUUAGUGGCGUCGAUCAGUUCGAAUAGCUAAUUUAAGUAAGGGUUAGAUUUUAGCUAAAAAGAUACUUUCUAGAGUUCUUUUAGCAACCGUUAACUGUUUGUGACGAAAAAAAUCUUAAAAACUGACAGUAGUUGUUUGAAAAAAAUGUGACCGUUUGAUUGAGUUCUAUUUAAAUUGGUAUAUACAAGUUGUUUCGAUUAAAUAAUGCUAAAUGCAGCCACAAUAUUACUUUAUACAGCCCUCAAUAAAACUUAUGCUGAUUGUAUCUUUUCGUAGAUGCUACUCAGUGUAACUUUUCAAAAAAAGAUAUUUUAUUUUAAAAAAGCUCUUAAAAAUUAUCGUGUCAAACAUACAACUGCUUUUAGAUACAAAAGUUAAAAGGUUGAGACUUAUGCCUACCAAACAUGUACUAAAGGCUUUGGACACAAUAACUGACUUUUAUUUUGAC